CAAUCUCCCGUUCCCCGAGAGAAUGGAUAUCUCGCCCGAGUUUAUUUCAAUAGGUGGUAACCGGAACCCUGCAGCGGCUGACUGGGACCCCCACGGCUCACGGCUGCUGGCUUUUGGGGCAGACAAUUGCAUCGCGCUGUGGGAUCCUCUGGACGAUAGGCUACGCGGGGUUCGAUCGAUACUGAACGGGCACACUAAUGUCGUAAAUGCUGUCAAAUUUUUCCCAACUGGAUCUUCAAAUGUUUCGGUACUGCUCAGCGGUGCCGCCGACCACUCCAUUCGCAUAUGGCAUGGACGACGAGAUUCAGGCACCGGUUUUGAGCUCGUAAAGACUCUCCACGAUCAUCAGAGUCCUAUUACUCGGAUAGCGGCGCUAGCAGGUUCGGAUGUCUUCGCUACCGGGGCGUCGGACGGCACCGUCAAGAUUUGGAGGCUUGUUCACGAUGCAGAUUUCUCAUCCAUCGAUGCUGAGCUUCUGCAGUCCAUUACUUUAUCCCCGCGGUAUUUCCCAUUGACUAUCGCACUGGCGACUCUGGACGAAUCCUCCAUUAUCCUGGCCGUUGCUGGUACGCGCAGCACUAUUCAGAUUUUCGUUUCUCAUGAUACCCAAUUUCAACUUGCAGCAACCCUCACUGGACACGAGGGAUGGAUCCGAGCGUUAGACUUUACACGGGAGACUUCAGGCGAAAGCAGCGACCUCCUGCUUGCAUCAGCGAGCCAAGACAAAUAUCUCCGGCUAUGGCGUGUGCACCGAGGGGAGGAGCUCCCAGCCGUGAGCAGUGCACUCAAUGAUCCGGCUUUGGGUAUUUUGGGCAAAUCAUUGUCAAACAAAGCGCAUCGGAUUGCUUCCGCAACGUCAAAGUAUUCUAUCACUUUCGAAGCCUUGCUCUUGGGCCAUGAAGACUGGAUAUACACGGCUUCAUGGCGACACAAAGCGGGAAAGCUCCAACUGCUAUCGACCUCCGAGGAUAACUCUCUCGCUAUUUGGGAAGCGGACCCGGCGUCCGGUGUAUGGGUCUGCACCACCAGGCUAGGCGAGAUCAGCGCACAGAAGGGAUCGACGAGUGCCACCGGAAGCGCGGGAGGAUUCUGGAUCGGGUUGUGGUCGCCGGAUGGUAGCUCGGUCGUUUCGCUAGGUCGGACAGGCAGCUGGAGAAAGUGGACAUAUUCCACAUUGGAAGACAUGUGGGCCCAACAGGUUGCGAUCACGGGCCACGUUCGGGAAGUUAAAGGGCUGUGCUGGUCAAGAGACGGGACCUAUCUACUCUCCACUGGCUCGGACCAGACGACGAGAUUGUUUUCCCAGUGGAAGCGCGACGAAGUCUCGUCAUGGCACGAGUUCUCUCGACCUCAGAUCCACGGCUAUGACCUGAAUUGCGUCGACAGUAUUACCAACCUCCAGUUCAUUUCCGGAGCAGACGAGAAGCUCCUCCGCGUUUUCGACGAACCGAAGGGCGUCUCCGAGAUGCUAAGUCGGUUAUGCAAGAUCCAGGCGACGAGCGCCGAGCUUCCCGAUGCCGCCAACAUCCCGGUCCUUGGUCUGUCGAAUAAAGCAAUACAUAGUAUAGGCGACGAUCAAGCCGUCGAGAACGGAGAAAUGGAUGAACGGGAAGCCGUCGACCCGGCGUCCAUUGUACGAAAAUCGACCCUUGACUUCGACCAUCCCCCGUUCGAAGACCAUCUCGCUCGACACCUCCUAUGGCCGGAAACGGAGAAGCUAUAUGGCCAUGGCUACGAAAUCUCAUCAGUGGCUGUUAGUAACGACGGGAGUCUGGUAGCGACGGCUUGUCGAGCAAGCUCCAUCGACCACGCCGUCAUUCGUCUCUACGACACCAAGGAGUGGCUCGAGCUCAAGCCACCUCUGAAGGCUCACUCUCUGACCGUCACGGCCCUUGAGUUCUCGCACGACGACAAAUAUCUUCUUAGCGUAGGGCGAGACCGCCAAUGGGUGGUCUGGGAACGGAAUGCGGAGACAACGUACGCACUGAAGCACUCGAAUCCGAAGGGCCACACCCGCAUGAUUCUCGAUGCCUCAUGGGCGCCCACGGAACAGCCUACAUUCUUAACUGCUGGGAGAGACAAGAACGUCAAGAUAUGGCAGAUCGGUGAAGGAGAAGUUCAGCUGAAAGGAGCAGUGUCUGCGACAGCAGCUGUGACCGCCGUGGCGUGUAGCCGCGAUAUCUUGCAAGGCCGGCUUCAGUUCGCCUUUGGCACCGAACACGGCGAGAUUGGUAUUGGCACUGCAUCGCCGGGAGAGCUAGACAAGGUGUCAGUCACCAUGAUCAGCGCGGCUCUUUCGUCUGCGAAGACCAUCAAUGAGAUUGCAUGGAGGUCUGGGAAGGUCGAGCCGAGACGUCAGAUCGCGGUGGCGAGCGAUGAUUCCUCGGUCCGCAUAUUCAACAUUUCAGAAGCUCGCUGAGGGCGACACUAGUAUCGACGGGCAAGACAAAUCCAAGUGAAUUAUGCAACCUUCGCGCACGCUUUCACAUAAGUCUGGAUGUUUGGAUCGUUCAUCACGCAGGUUAACCAUCGACACAUUUGACACAGCCACAUAUAUCCCCUAAGUCGUCCCGACAACAGCGAGACUAUUGGCACGUCUUAAAAUGUUGAGGAUAAGUUGCCAAAAAGUGAAAUUUACAUUUUCACAUGCGAGUCUUCGAGAAAGAUAUUCAUCACGGCUUUCACCAUCUUUUCUCC